AGAUUGAUUAUUUGAGGCUUCUCACUCGCCUCUCAGUCCAUGCAUAUUUCUCGGUCUCGGUCUCGGUCUCGGUCUCAGCAAUCAGAGAGACACUGAGAGAGCAUUUCGAUAUUUAUUUCGUCUUUCUUUCUGCUGCAUUGUUUUCCCCUCUCCCGCCUUUCUCUUCAAUUCCUCUGAGCGCUGUAGGGGCUUUCUGCUUCAUAGAUCUAUCUCUCCAUAUAUUUGAACCCCCAUUUUACCAUCUUUUCCAGAAUCAAAGGUCGAAAGCCCGUUUCCCUGAAAUCUGAUAGAGACAACUGGAGGACGUAAAUGGGAGACAACAGGGUUCUCUGUUCUCUCCUGUUCUUCUUCUUCUUCUUCCUCGUUUCUUGCAUUAAUGCCGAAGACCCUUACAGAUUCUUUACAUGGAAUGUCACCUAUGGCGACAUUUAUCCUCUUGGAGUAAAACAACAGGGGAUUUUGAUCAACGGCCAGUUCCCAGGUCCUCUGAUCGAUAGCGUUUCGAAUGAUAACUUGAUAAUCAGUGUCUACAACAGCUUGGACGAGCCAUUCCUCAUCUCAUGGAAUGGCGUUCAGCAGAGGAGGAACUCGUGGCAGGAUGGUGUGUAUGGCACCAACUGUCCUAUUCCCCCUGGCCAAAACUUCACUUAUGUGCUUCAAGUCAAGGAUCAAAUCGGCAGCUUCUUCUACUUCCCGUCGCUUGCAUUCCACAAGGCUGCGGGAGGAUUUGGUGGCAUCCGGAUCAACAGCCGCCCGAUGAUACCCGUCCCUUUCCCUCCUCCUGCUGGGGACUACACGAUACUGGCUGGCGAUUGGUUCAAGCAAAAUCAUACAGAUUUGAAAGCAAUCUUAGACAGUGGUCAUGACCUUCCAUUCCCUGAUGGUCUUCUCAUCAAUGGCCGUGGUUUGAAUGGUUACACGUUCACAGUUGAUCAAGGUAAAACCUACAGGUUCCGGAUAUCAAAUGUGGGGCUCACAACAUCCAUCAAUUUCAGAAUUGCAGGACACAAGAUGACUUUGGUAGAGGUUGAAGGGUCACACACACUGCAGAACACAUAUUCUUCUCUUGAUAUCCAUCUUGGACAGUCCUACUCUGUCUUGGUUACUGCCGAUCAGCCUCCACAAGAUUACUACAUUGUUGUUUCCACACGCUUCACAAGCCCUGUGCUCACAACCACAGCCAUUCUCCAUUACAGCAACUCCGCUGGACAAGUUUCAGGUCCUCCCCCUGGUGGUCCAACCAUUGAGAUUGACUGGUCUCUCAACCAGGCUAGAUCUAUACGAUGGAAUCUGACAGCAAGUGGUCCAAGACCCAAUCCUCAAGGCUCUUACCACUAUGGGUUGAUCAACACUACCCGUACAAUCAGGCUUGCUAACAAUGCUCCUGUCAUCAAUGGUAAGCAGAGAUAUGCUGUCAACAGUGUGUCCUUUAUUCCUGCAGACACACCGUUGAAAAUUGCUGAUUAUUACAAGAUCCCUGGUGUCUUCACCCUUGGGAGCAUUCCGGACAAUCCAACUGGCGGUGGUGGUUACCUCCAGACCUCUGUCAUGGCUGCUGAUUUCCGGACUUUUGUUGAGAUUGUGUUUGAGAAUUGGGAAGACACUAUACAAUCAUGGCACAUUGAUGGUUAUUCCUUCUUUGUUGUGGGGAUGGAUGGAGGGCAAUGGUCACCUGCAAGCAGAGACACUUACAACUUGAGAGAUACAGUUGCUCGUUGCACUACACAGGUCUAUCCCAAGUCAUGGACUGCAAUUUACGUGGCAUUGGACAAUGUGGGGAUGUGGAACAUCAGAUCUGAGAACUGGGCCAGACAGUACUUGGGUCAGCAGUUCUAUCUUCGUGUUUACUCCCCUGCAAAUUCAUGGAGAGAUGAAUACCCUAUUCCAAAGAACGCUCUUCUAUGUGGUCGGGCAUCUGGACGCAGGACUCGGCCUCUCUGAUUCAGCCGAUCCCAAAAACCUGUCACGAGAGGGUGACAUGUUCUUGUAUGUGCAUUAUUAGGAAAUGAGUUCUAUACAGGAAAAUAUUGACAGAUCUCAGCUUGAGCAUGAAUAUUUUAUUUUAUUUUAUUUUCUUUCUUUUCGUUCAUUAUUCUUCUGGUAUUUCUGGUUUUCGGUGUCUAGAUAGUAAACAUUAAUAUUUUAAUGGUGUGAUAAAUGCAAUGCAAUUCAAGAAAGAAUUUCAAGUUUCCGCUGCCUCAA